CCUCGUUCUGCUUCAACGUUAACGCUAAGCGCUAGAACUUCGUACCUCUCAGGCUGGAUAGCAUGCCUAAAGUUUCAGAAGCAACAACGCAGGCGAAGAAAAAUAAACUCCUUGUUUUGAAACAUAGUCAGAAAUGAGCUAUGGUUAAACGAUAUCGGUUGUAUGACCUCAUGAUUGACACCGCACGUAAAUGUUUCCCAAGGAUUCCAAGAGACGCUGUCACGUUGCAGACCAAUCAACUCGAUGUUUGCGAGGGUCACUACGCGGACAUCACGACUGAAACAUGGGAAGAUGUCAUUGAUUCGAUUACCCUCAUUGAAGUGAUUCGCGCGGAAAUACCAUCACCCGACCCACUGCCGCUUAGUGCUCAGGCCAUUUCAUUACCUGGCGAUGGGUUGGCGCCUGAGGUUAACGGACAUGACAGCUCCAGCGAAGAUGACGAAGUCACGAUCCGAUUGAAACUUGUCGAUCGUGCUGCUCGCCAUUUGGGCAAAUCCUCUACCACUCUGGAUGUGAUUUGGGAUGGGUCCAGAAUGGAUCACAACAGGAGUAUCGAAUCGUACGACAUCGAGGAUGGAGAUUCCAUCGUUCUUUUGGUGAGACAGUCCCGAGUGGAGCUUCUCCGCCAUCUAUCCCAUGGGAAUCUGAUUGAAAAUAUCUCUGGUUUGGACGUGUCGUACUUGUUCUGGGAGGCAAAGACAAAAUCGGAUGCAUUUCCCCGCCCACCAGCAUCCAAACCGCAACCAGUGGAUGUAUUCAGUCCUAUGUUCAGCGAUCUCGGCGAUACAAAUUCGAUUGUCAUCCCAGUGGACAAAGUACCUGCUCACCUUGACAAGUCCCUCCUUAUUUUGGGACUUCACACCGAAGCCAGAACAUUUUUCAUCACCUACUGGCUACCAUCUAUCCUUAGGCAGAGUACAUUGCGCUCCGAUUCGGCCCCCAAUCGGCGUGUGAAUGCGCCGCUUCUUUAUCCAUUUCUCCGCAACCUGACGUUGUGA